GUUGUGACGUCACUGUGCAUAUAAACAAACUAAUGUCACUCUGACAAAUCUGACAUAAUCUGUGCUCAUAGAUUUGUUGUAGUUGUGAUCGUGAAAUUUUUGUAAAGCUUUCGUAAUAAGUCCCAUAAUCUACGUGUUACUGUUACUGUUUUCUCAUUUAAUUGAUAAAAACAAUCAUGGAUGCUGGAUUUGUGAAAGCGGAAAGUACAAAUUUGCCAAGAAUCGACACUUUAAUGGUCGGUAAUUUUUUUGCCUUGAACCCAGAUUUCUGCUCUGCCGAGCUGAGGAAUGUCAAGACUUCUAUAUCUGCAAGGGAGUCGUAUGGCGAUGAUGCCAUAGGUUACGUUCAAGUUAAACGUGAUGAUGAAAUCUGCACUGUGAAAUGUAAAAUAUGUCCAGAGCACAAGGUACGCUUGAAGCAAUAUACAGUGACAGUACUGGUUGAUGAACAAGAAGAAAAAGUUAAGAGUGCUCUCUGUGAAGAUUGUCCUGCAGCUGCUGGAGGCUGUAAACAUGCUGUUGCAUUUUUAAUGUGGUUGCACCGUCGCACUGAAGAGCCUGCUUGCACAUCGGUUGAGUGCUAUUGGAAAAAAUCCAAUCUCGCCAAAGUUGGAUCAACAUUCAAAAUAAUAAAUGCAAAAGAUAUGUCCAAACGAAAAUAUCAGGAUCCUGUAUCUAAUACAAGCGUGUUAAUAGAAUUUAUGGAUGAAUUACAAGAUCUCCUGCCCAGAGUAGACUUACGAACCGAUGGCAUAAUGAGGUUCACAAGAGCUAUUAUGUAG